ACUAGGAAAUUUCUCCAGUGCUAAAGACGUCUCUCAAAACAAAAGAAAGACACAUGUGUUGAACAGAACUUUAUUUGACUGAGGCCAUAUAACAAGCUGUCUAUGGAUAAAAACUUCUUUUACUUGCCACACAGGUACAUUAGCUUUUGAUGAUGACACCUCAGUGGGAAUAUUUCAAAGAAGAUAUCACCAUCUGAAGCAAUCAAUGUCUUAUAGUCACUGCAGAUCCUUUGUUUUAUAAACGACUCCAACAGAACUCUGCACGUAUAAAAAUGAACAACACAACAUGUACAAAUAUUGAUUUUAAUUCUGAUGUCGUAUUCUUACCAGUCCUUUAUGGUUUUGUUUUUUGUAUUGGUCUUCCCAUAAAUUUAUUAGCACUUUAUGGUCUUUACUGCAUGAUCAAGUCAGAAAACAUUCUUCCAGUGUUUGUUAUCAAUCUGCUUUUGUCAGAUCUGCUUCAAAUCCUCACCUUACCUUUAUGGAUUGACUACUACAGAAAGGGUCAUAAGUGGAAUUUUGGGGGAGUAUCUUGUCCUGUGAGUGGUGUCAUGUACUGGAUCAACCAAACUACUAAUACUUUUUUCAUAGUCACAAUUUCAUUGGAACGGUAUGUGGCUGUUGUCCAUCCUCUAAGGUUUCAAAGUCACCAAAAACUCAGAAACUCAUGCUUAAUUUGUAUAAGUGCUUGGCUGAGUAUUUCCUUGUUGACAUCUAUAGCUUAUUUUCUGGGGUUCGAUCAAAGUGCCAAAGAGGGUCUGUGUUUAGAGAGUUAUCCUUCAGAGAAAGCUUACACUAUCUUCCGAUUAAUAACUUUAACAUUUACUUUUCCCUUGCCACUGCUGGUUUUACUGAUUUUACAUGACAAAACUCGGAAGGUCAUUAACAAAUCUUUAUCAGUUCCGGAAAAUGAAAAGAAAAGGAUAAAACGCUUAUUUUGCGUUGUAUUAUUCAUAUUUGUCAUAGGACUUGGGCCUUACCAUGCAACCUGUUAUGUUAAAUUUGUGGGAGUGCUUUUUUCUGAUAAUAUUUGCAAUUUUGAGGCUAAAAUGUUUCUUUACUUCCAGAUAUCUCUUGGCUUACUAAGCUUUAACAACCUUAUGGAUCCCAUCUUAUAUAUUUUCGUUUGUAAAGAUGUUCGUAAGGAGCUGUCUGGGGUUUUUAACUGCUUGAAUAGGUAUCAUAAUAAUGUAAAGUAAUUCAUAAAUUACAGAUGUGCAGCAUCUAGUCAAUAUAUGCAGUGUAACAGCUUUAUUCUUGCAACAAAUAGGUAAAAUUAUAUAUGAAAAGCUCUUAACUUUCUUGCAAAAUCAAAGCUCUCUGU